AUGCUCAUGACGAACAAGCUUAAAUACGACACACCAGUCCUGACCAUGGGCGGGGUCGACAUUGGCUACUCCAACGAAAUAAAAAUUCUAGGACUCACCAUAGACAGCAAACUGACCUUUAACAGCCAUGUAGCGGAUGUUUGUAAAAAAGAUCUGAACAUAUAUAAGCAGCUCUCCAGAGCAGCAAAAAUCACGUGGGGCCUUCAUCCUGAGGUCAUUAGACUCAUCUACGUGGCGACCGUAGAGCCUGUGAUUAUGUAUGCGGCAAGCGCUUGGGCGGAAGCAACCAAGAAACUGGGCAUCCAAAAGCAUUUGAACGCGGUACAAAGAGGUUUUGCUCAAAAGUUAACCAGAGCGUACCGAACUGUCUCACUGAACUCAGCUCUUGUACUGGCCGGAAUCCUUCCCCUGGACCUUAGGAUACAGGAAACAGCGGCCCUGUAUGAGGCCAGGAAAAGGGCACCGCCACCGAGCCUGAGGGACGCAGAGAUAGAGCGGGUCGUUGCAUAUGCCGACACUCCUCACCCAGCCGAGCAUAUGGACCUGCAGUUCAUAAGCCUGGCAGACCAACAACAAGUGGAAGAACACAGCAACUAUGCUGUCAAAAUAUUUACAGAUGGCAGCAAGAUUGAUGGCAAGGUUGGAGCUGCUCUAUCACUUUGGGAUAGAACAUCCCAAUUUAAAGCCGUCAAGCUGAAGCUGUCACAGCACUGCACGGUCUACCAAGCGGAACUGUUGGCCAUAUGUAGGGCAACAAGGAUCAUUAGAGAUCGGAGGGAGACGAGUUUCGGUAUAUACAGCGACUCCAGGUCGGCUCUGGAAACAAUUGUCAACAGCAACGCUCCACACCCCCUAGCGGCUGAAACCAGAAGCAAUCUGAGUCAUUGCAAAUCUCAGAAUAAACUAGUUAGUUUAUUCUGGAUUAAGGCACACGCAGGGCUGGAAGGCAACGAGCAAGCUGACAAAUUGGCAAAAGAAGCGGCACAAACCCUGAAAUGCAAACCCCACUUUGACCUAUGUCCGGUUUCAUUCGUCAAGCGGCAAAUCCGCAUGGAUACCCUCGAGGAAUGA